CCCUUCGUCUCUUUGAAGACUAGCUUCCCCUUUUUUCUUUCGUGUGAUGUCGUUUUCUCUCUGUAGAUGUCAAAAAAAUUGUUUUACAGCCAGUCUCAGCCCCGCCCAUUUGCAAAAAAAAAAAAAACGGUUGUGUUAUUUGCAGAAUCCGUGACGAAACCCGUCGGACGGCGCGCCUCUGUGAUAAUAUAUAACUUCUAUAGAAAAAUAAGAAUUUAACGACUCGGGUCUGAAUGAAACACGAUGAUGAAGAAACAGUUUCAUCGCAUGAAGCAGCUGGCGGCCCCGGGGAAGGCACAAGAUGCGACAGAUCUCCUUAGUGAAGAUUUGGUACAGGUGGAGCAGAGGGUGGAGCCGGCGAAGAAAGCCGCCCAGAUCGUUCACAAGAAGCUGAUUGGCUGCCUACAAGGACAGCAAGGAUUGGACACUGAGAAACGCAUGAAAAAGCUGCCCCUGCUGUCCCUGUCUGUUAGCAUGGCUGAAAGCUGCAAGGAUUUUGAUGGGGAUUCCAGCAUUCGGAGGGUUCUUGAAAUGUGCUGCUACAUUGAGAAGACGCUGGCGAAGGCGUUGGCUGAUUUUGAGGUUCAGGUUGAGAAGGAAGUUCUGGAGCCUUUGAACAAACUGAGUGAGGACGAUCUCCCAGAGAUUCUCAGGAAUAAGAAGCUUUUCGCUAAACUGACAACAGACUGGAUCAGUGCGAAAAACAGGAGCAGCUCAGGGGGGCAGGAGGAGGUGGAGGAGACCUGGAGGAAACUGGAACAGGUCAAAGACAUCUAUUCGGCGGAUCUGUACCAUUUUGCAACGAAAGAAGACGAUUACGCCAACUAUUUCAUCAGAUUGCUGGAGCUCCAAGCGCAAUAUCACAAGAAGUCCUUUGAAAUCCUAGACCCCAUGAUAACCGAACUGAAGGAAAACAGCAACAUUACAACCUCCCAGGUGAGCAGCCCCUCUCUGGGCGUCUAUGGAGUCUCUCUGGCCACACACUUGAGAACCAGCUCCAGAGAGAUCGCCCUCCCCAUUGAAGAGUGUGUGAAGAUGCUGCUGGUGAAGGGUAUGAGAGAGGAGGGUCUCUUCAGACUGGCAGCUGCAGCCUCUGUUGUGAAGAAGCUGAAAGCGGGGCUGGACUGUGGAAACAUCGACCCCACGGAGUUCUACUCCGACCCCCACGCUGUGGCAGGUGCUUUAAAGUCUUACCUGAGAGAGAUGCCACAGCCUAUGAUGACCUUUGAACUCUACAAUGAUUGGUUUAAAGCAGCCAGUGAAAAAGACCAACAGAAAAAGCUGGAGGGUUUUCAAGAACUGUGUUGCAAACUGCCACGAGAAAACUACAACAAUCUUAGGUAUCUUGUAAAGUUCUUGGCUAAGCUAGCGGAGCUCCAGGAAGUGAAUAAAAUGUCCCCCAGCAAUAUCGCCAUUGUCUUGGGUCCUAACUUGCUGUGGCCGCAGAACGAAGGCGAGACGUUGAUGCUGGACAUGGCGACAGCGUCCUCGGUGCAGGUGGUGAAGGUCAUCGAGCCUCUUGUUCAGUUUGCAGACAGGCUGUUUCCUGGAGACGUCGAUUUUGAUAUCCCGGUCUGCCCCAGCGUCCCUACGGCGGUAGAGAAAGCCCUCCCACCUCCACAGAAGAAGACAGUGGAGGAGCCCACAGUCCAGACAGCGCCCCCUACAGGCAGAGGCUGUACAGCCCCAGACAGCCCCCCGAAGCUCAAGUCCAGCCUACGGGUCAGUACCUCCGCUCCGGUCAUCAUAAAGUCCGGUUCUGUGGCACGACGGACCAGCCUCUGGGACAAUAUGAACCAGAACCAGAACCAGAAUCGAGGAGAAGAGACCCAGGCCGUCCAGACACCAGCCCCCGAAACUCAGCCUCCCCCACACCCCGCCCCCAAAGCUGGGGAGCCCUGCAAAGGGCCGAAUCUGCGCUGCUGUUUGAAAAUCCUUCAGCAGACGAACCCUCUGAUCCGCCUGCUGGGCCCGGCCGCCAAAAAACCUGCAAACCACAGGCCUGCCAUCACCCAAGCCCCAGCUUGUGAACUGACAUCCAAAUCAAUGAACCAGAACAAGCCCCAGGCCCAAGUGAACACCCCAUCCCAGAGAGAGAGCUGCGCCUCCAAGCCUAACCCAUCCCUCCAUGCACAGGCUUCAUCGCAAAGGAAGGCAGGAGGACAGAAACGUGUUAAAGGGGGUCUCAGAGUACCCAAUUUCCCCCCGCCCCUCCCUCCUCAGCAGCCAAUCAAAGAACAGCUGUCGUCUUCCUCAAAAUAACCUCCUGAAAAGGUAGUUUCGACCUGUUUAAAAACCCGAGACGGAUAAUGGCAUUUCAAGGAAUCUCUGGAGAGGGUCUCCCUGUAUCAAAACAAAAAAAACGUUUUUGUGACCAAACUGUGACCUCAUUUUUUUAACCCCGUCAGUCCUGGACCUUAUCCUUAUCUUGGCUCAGUAAAGGAGUGUAUUUUUUCAGCUCGACCAAAAAAAUAAUUCAGGACUGACGGGGUUAAUUUUGAGGUGCAUUGCGCUCCACGCUCGUAGCAACAAGAGAGAGCUCCCUAGCAACCAGAAUUUCGUACUGUCUUUGGUUUUGUCCUGUAUACACUGUUUUAAAUUUGUUCUGACCACUAUUCCAGUGAAAAAUAUAAUAUAAUUUAAUUUAAUUUAAUUUAAUUUAAUUUAAUAAUAUCAUAAGGUUUGGACAAAAUAAUAGAAACACCUGCCAUAGCACUGUCAAUAGCACAGCAUGGGACUGAUUCACCUGCCAUAGCACUGUCAAUAGCACAGCAUGGGACUGAUUCACCUGCUACAGCACUGUCAAUAGCACAGCAUGGGGCUGAUUCACCUGCCAUAGCACUGUCAAUAGCACAGCAUGGGACUGAUUCACCUGCCAUAGCACUGUCAAUAGCACAGCAUGGGACUGAUUCACCUGCAAUAGCACUGUCAAUAGCACAGCAUGGGACUGAUUCACCUGCCGUAGCACUGUCAAUAGGGUGUUCGCUAUUUACCCAACAGUAUGGGCUACAUAUGGCGGGUGUUCCUAAUUUUUUUUGGUCCAGCCCCUCUUUGUGUGCAUGCUCUGGUUUUUAAAGUACUAACUCAUCUAAGGAAAUCUGAAAUCUGUUUGUGUGUUUGUAUAUUGAGAAGCCACCAGGGUAUUAAAAAAAAAGCAUUUUAUUGUAAUAAUGUGGAUUAAUAAUAUCGAUAAGUGCACAAAAUACAUUUUAUAUUAUUACACAGUGAAACUCGGUUGUCAGAAAUUAAAAUAGUACAAAACGAAACAAAAGCCUUAUUAUGCAUUUCAAUGUUAUUUUUGUUUUGUUUUGUUAGAUAAAAAAAAAUUAUAAUAAUAAUAAUAAUAAUAACCACAUUUAAGUGACCUGUUAUUGCAUCUUCUAGUUAUGAAUCAUAUUGAAAUUGUAUAUGGAAGAUUUAGAGUCAUUAUUAAGACAUGAAUGCAUAUUUGUUUAUCAAAAAUUAAAUGGAUAUAUUUAUAUAUAUAUUUUUCGUAUAAUUCUGUACAAUUCUUUGGGAUUUAUUUCACCUUAGUGUUUCCGUAUCUCUUAUUUCAGUUUGGAGUUCCAGUCUCGUUGUCCCUCAGCUCCUAGGCUACAGUGGCCUGAAGGACUAUGGGAUUUGUAGUUCUGUUCGCAUCGCUUGUAGUGCGCUCGACGUCUCAGAAAACUACAAACCCCAAAGUGCUCGUGUCCUGUAGGGUUUACAGCUUUAAAAACUGCAGCUCCCAGAGUGCAACACUGCUCAAGCCGUCUGUGGGAUUUUGCAUUAAAAGGUUUCAGCAAAACUACAACUGGGAUGGCUGCUUUCCAAAAUUCACUUGUAGUUUUUUUUUCCUGAUAAAACUACAAUACCCACAAUGCUUUGCGGCGGGUGUCUGUUUUUGGUAACAGCUGAUAAAUUCAAUAGAAAUUAAUAAUAAAACGUCUACUAUAUAUAUAUAUAUAUAUAUAUAUAUAUAUAUAUAUAUAUAUAUAUAUAUAUAUAUAUAUUAAUAUUAUCAUAAUUCCCUUAGCUGUGCUGUAAACCAUAGUAAUUGCAUAUAGAUGUGAAAAACUGAAAAGCCUUUAUAGUUUUAAUAAGGGGUUGUUGAC